CAAAGCAUUGUGGGAAAGAAAAGCGGAGCUGGCACGGCCGCUGACGGCAGACAGAUAAAUUUAGUUAACAUAUUUAGACUUGCCUCUGCAUCUGAGAAGAGAAAAAGACGUAGUAAGGACGGCUUUUCCCCGUAGCUAAUGUCAGCGGGCUGUGCAGAGCGGGAACGUAUGCGGUUGUCAUCGCUGGUGUCCUGCGCACAGGGCGCUCGAAGCAUAGGAGUGGGAUCCUGUGUCAAUGGACCGCGGCGUUUUUAGUUCCUACAACAAGGCAGGCGAAUAAAGCAGCUACGGAUUAUAUCCCCGCGGUUAAUCGGUGGGGGGCGACUGCGCUCCGACGCCGCUCGUAAACAUUAACGGUUCCUUUCGGAUUGUAUCAAAGACGCCGUCAAAGAUGUCGACCAGCAGCCCCGAAGCGGUGAAGAAAUUGCUGGAGAACAUGCAGACGGAUUUGCGGUCUCUCUCCAUGGAGUGUAAGAAGAAAUUCCCUCCUGUCAAAGAGGCUGCAGAGUCUGGCAUCGUGAGGAUUAAAACAAUUGCAGCCAGGAAUACAGAAAUACUGGCAGCGCUGAAGGAGAACAGCUCAGAGGUUGUGCAACCUUUUCUGAUGGGCUGCGGCACCAAGGAGCCAAAGAUCACCCAGCUGUGUCUGGCUGCCAUUCAGAGACUCAUGUGUCAUGAGGUAGUGUCUGAGGCUGCAGCAGGGAACAUUAUCAACAUGUUGUGGCAGCUGAUGGAAAACGGUUUGGAGGAGCUGAAACUCUUACAGACGGUCCUGGUCCUGCUAACCACCAACACGGUUGUUCACGAUGAAGUACUUUCAAAGGCCAUUGUGUUGUGCUUUCGCCUCCACUUCACCAAGGACAACAUCACCAACAACACAGCAGCCGCCACCGUCAGACAAGUCGUCACUGUCGUCUUUGAGAGGAUGGUUGCUGAAGAUGAGCGAUUUAAAGGCAUUGUAGAGCAGCCUCCUCCUGUCCAAGGAAACACUAACCGGCGAUCUGUUAGUACCCUGAGACCCAGCGCCAAGGAUGCAUACAUGCUCUUUCAGGACCUGUGCCAGCUGGUGAAUGCUGAUGCCCCCUACUGGCUAGUGGGCAUGACAGAAAUGACCCGCACCUUUGGCCUGGAGCUGCUGGAGUCGGUUCUAAAUGAUUUCCCAGGCGUAUUCUUACAGCACCAGGAGUUCAGCUUCCUGCUGAAAGAACGGGUUUGUCCCCUCGUCAUCAAGCUCUUCUCACCCAACAUAAAGUUCAGGCAAGGCACCAGCACCACCGCACCACCAGCACCUGUGGAGAAACCCUACUUCCCAAUUUGCAUGAGGUUACUGCGAGUGGUUUCAGUCCUCAUUAAACACUUCUACAGCUUACUGGUGACUGAAUGUGAGAUCUUCUUGUCUCUGCUGGUGAAGUUUCUGGAUGGGGAAAAACCUCAGUGGCUCAGAGCAGUUGCUGUAGAGUCGGUCCAUAGGCUGUGUGUGCAGCCACAUUUAUUAUGUUCUUUCUGUCAGUCUUACGAUAUGAAGCAGCACUCCACAAAGGUGUUCAGAGACAUUGUUAACGCUCUGGGAUCCUUCAUUCAGUCACUCUUUAUUGUCCCGAACGGCGGCAGCACUGCUGCUGUCAGUGCACCUGCUGGGGCCUCAGGUUCAGGGGCUCAGGGCACAGCUCAGGGCGGUCCGGGCACAGGAGGGGGCAGCGGCACCUUGACCACACAGGCUGCAUUUGAAUACCGGGGUACCUGGAUCCCCCUCAUGACUGUUAGCGUCCAGGGCAGCGCCAAGGCUACCUACUUAGAGAUGCUGGACAAGGUUGAACCUCCGUCCAUCCCAGAGGGCUACGCCAUGUCGGUGGCCUUCAGCGCCUUACUGGACCUGGUGAGGGGCAUCACCUCCAUGAUUGAAAGAGAGCUGACCAUGGAGGAGGAGGCAGCUGCAGAAUUCAGAGAGACUCACCCUGACCAAGAAUGGAAACCAGACAAUAAAAAGUCUAAAAAGCAGCUUUGCUUCUCAGGGUCCCACUUGGUUUGGGAGGAGAUGGUCAACGCCUGCUGGUGUGGUCUCCUGGCUGCCCUCUCUCUGCUGCUAGAUGCCAGCACGGACGAGGCCGCGACAGAAAACAUCCUGAAAGCAGAAAUGACCAUGGCGUCACUGUGCGGUCGUGUCGGCCUGGUGACGCCUCGUGACGCUUUCAUCACGGCCAUCUGCAAGGCCUCUCUGCCGCCACAUUAUGCUCUAACUGUUCUGAGUAGCAACAGCUCCAACCUCUCUAGUAAAGCUUACUCUAUCCAGGGCCAGAGCGUGCAGAUCAUCAGCCCCUCGAGUGAGUCUCAUCAGCAGGUGGUGGCUGUUGGGCAGCCACUCACCGCUCAACCACAGGGCACUGUGGUGCUGACUGCCAAAAAUAUCCAGUGCAUGAGAACACUGCUGAACCUAGCCCACUGCCACGGGGCUGUCCUGGGGAUGUCCUGGCAGCUGGUACUGGUUACACUCCAGCAUUUAGUUUGGAUCCUGGGACUAAAACCAGCGGUGGGUGGUGCCCUGAAACCUGGACGAGCAGUGGAGGGACCUAGUACGGUGCUGACCACAGCAGUCAUGACAGAUCUGCCCGUCAUCUCCAACAUCCUGUCCAGACUGUUCGAAAGCUCCCAGUACCUGGAUGACGUGUCUUUGCAUCACUUGAUCAAUGCACUUUGUUCCCUCUCCUUGGAGGCCAUGGAAAUGGCUUAUGGAAAUAACAAGGAACCAUCUCUGUUCGCUGUUGCAAAGUUGUUGGAAACUGGCCUCGUCAACAUGGACCGCAUUGAGAUCCUGUGGAGACCCCUGACAGGACACCUGUUAGAGGUCUGCCAGCACCCAAACUCCAGGAUGAGAGAGUGGGGAGCCGAGGCACUGACGGCACUAAUCAAAGCUGGGCUUACCUAUAAACAUGACCCUCCACUGGCACAAAAUCAGCGGCUGCAGCUGCUGCUGCUGAACCCCCUGAAGGAGUUGUCCAACGUGUUGCAUGCCGACAUUCGGCAGAAACAGCUGGAGUGUGUCCUGCAGAUCCUGCAGAGCCAGGGCGACGGCCUGGGGCCCAGCUGGCCCCUCGUGCUGGGCGUUAUUGGAGCCAUUCGCAAUGAUCAAGGGGAAUCAUUGAUCCGAACAGCCUUCCAGUGCCUACAGUUGGUGGUGACUGACUUCCUCCCCACGAUGCCUUGCACCUGCCUUCAGAUUGUGGUGGAUGUAGCUGGCAGCUUUGGCCUUCAGAACCAGGAGCUCAACAUUAGCCUUACCUCCAUCGGCCUGCUGUGGAACAUUUCCGACUACUUCUUCCAAAGAGGCGAGGCCAUCACCCAGGAGCUGGAGAGAGAGGAGGAAGCUCUACAGAAGCAGGCUCAGGAGAAAGGAGAAACCCUGAACAGACCAUUCCACCCCGCCCCUCCCUUCGACUGCCUCUGGCUGUGCCUGUACGCCAAGCUGGGCGAGCUGUGCGUCGACCCGCGGCCUGCUGUGCGCAAAAGUGCAGGGCAGACGCUGUUCUCCACCAUCGCUGCACACGGGACCCUGCUGCAGCAGCCAACGUGGCAUAUCGUGGUCUGGAAGGUUUUGUUCCAGCUGUUGGACUGCGUGAGGACAUCGUCCACGACAGCAGACAAGGAGAAGAUUGAGUCUGGUGGAGGAAACAUUCUCAUCCACCACUCUCGCGACACCGCUGAGAAGCAGUGGGCGGAGACGUGGGUGCUGACGCUAGCUGGGGUGGCUCGCAUUUUCAACACGAGGCGGUAUCUCCUCCAGCAGUUAGGGGAUUUCUUCGAGGCCUGGGAGGUGCUGCUGAACCACAUCCAGUCAGCUGCUCUCAGCAAAAACAAUGAGGUCUCUCUGGCUGCUCUAAAGAGCUUUCAAGAAAUCCUGCAGAUCGUCACACCUGUCAAAGACUCAGACAAAGCAGGGGACGCGCUCGCCGCCAUGGGCGUCCCCCCCGUCCUCAUUGAUCCGCUCUCUGCCUCCGGUCCAGGCAGACCCCUGGUGCGCUCAGAUUCACUAGUCGAAAGGCUGACGAGGUACAACGGGGCCGAGUUGCAGGCGCCGCCACCCGGGGAGGAGUCGGCGUUGGAGGACUCGGCAUUGUGGUGGUCUGCAUGGAACACAUGGUAUCGAACAGGAACGGAAAGCACGAGGCCCCCCUGUGGCCCGGCGGAAAAGCUCGCCUUCAUCCCAAGCCAGCCGUUCCUCACAGCAUUAAUCCAGAUUUUCCCAGCACUCUACCAGCACAUCAAAGCUAACUUCAGCAUGGACGAUCUGAAAAAGCUUGGAGUCAUUCUCCACGGGGCCGUGUCCGUGCCAAUCAGCAGCGACGCCUCGCCUUUCAUCCUGCCUUCCUACACAGAGGCCACGCUCACUAGCUUGCAGGAAGCUGUACUUACUGCUCUGGAUGUGUUGCAGAAGGCCAUCUGUGUGGGCCCUGAGAACCUGCAGAUCAUGUACCCGGCCAUCUUUGAACAGCUGCUACUCUUCGUGGAGUUUUCCUGCAAGCCUCCUCAGUACGGCAGGGUGGAAACCAAACACGUGGCCAAUGCAAAAUACAACCAGAUCCAGCUGUUUGCACCGGCAGAAUGGGUUGCCUUAAACUAUGUGCCCUUUGCUGAGCGCUCCUUGGAGGUGGUGGGGGACCUUUACCAUAAAACAGCAUGCCACAAAGCUGUCAUCAAUGAGAAGGUUCUGCAGAAUAUCAUCAAGACUUUAAGAAUGCCCUUGGGUUUGAAGUACGCCUGUCCAUCAGAGAGCACCUGGAAGCUCGCCGUUUCGUCUCUGCUGAAGGUGCUGUCUAUCGGGUUGCCUGUUGCACGCCAGCAUGCCUCGUCUGGGAAGUUUGACACUAUGUGGCCCGAGUUGGCCAACGCCUUGGAAGACUUUCUUUUCACCAAAAGCACCCCCCCUGAUAAUCUGUCUAUUCAGGAGUUUCAGCAGAAUGAAUCUGUUGAUGUGGAGGUGGUCCAGUUGAUCAGCACUGAGAUUUUACCGUUUGCCAAUUUCAUCCCCAAAGACUUUGUUGGUCAGAUUAUGACUAUGCUCAAUAAGGGCUCCAUUCAUUCCCAAGCUCCCUCGUUCACAGAGGCUGAGAUAGAUGUGCGAAUGCGGGAAGAUUUUUCCAAGGUGUGCUUUGAGACGUUGCUCCAGUUUUCCUUCAGCAACAAGGUGUCCACUCCUCAGGAGGGCUACAUCUCUCGAAUGGCGCUCUCUGUGCUCCUCAAGAGGGCCCAGGAUGUUCUCCGGCGAUACGUGGAGGAUGAGAGGCUGAGCGGGCGCUGUCCGUUACCAAGGCAACAAGUGACGGAGAUUAUCUUCGUCUUAAAAGCUAUAAGCACUUUGAUGGACUCGCUUAAAAAGACGCUGCCAGAAAACGUGGAUGGCAACACGUGGGCUCAGGUGAUUGCUCUGUACCCCACGUUGGUAGAGUGCAUUACCUGUUCUUCGUCCGAGGUAAGCACCGCCCUGAAGGAGGCCCUGGGGCCCUUUAAAGACUUUAUGCAGCCACCAGUCUCCAAAGUCCAGAACGGAGAGUCCUGACCGGACUUCCUCUACACUCCCUGUUUUUAUAAUAAAGAAGAAAUCUUAAAUCUGGAUUCUUAUCCCGGACACUUCACAAGUGCUUGGACAUGAACUCCAUUAGCGACGACACGAAGUGGCCCAGAGGACGGCCGGCUCAUACCACAUGGAUGACCCCCAGACUUAAAUAUGCAUCAUUGUGGGCUUUUCAUAUGAGCUGAUGACACUUAACCCCCGCCUCCAUUCUCAUACAGACUGGCUGCAGUUGCCUGUUAGCUACAAAAAUAAAAGAGAACUAGCAGUGUUGCCCUUGGGUUUUGGUCGUUUUAUUCUUCUGAAGAGGCUAUAUUGAUACACAGAGUGUGGAGGUAGCUUUGAUUAUGCCAUUAAGGAAAAAAAGGCAAAAACUGAUCUUAGAAAGAUAGCCCUCGACUUUUUCACCAUAUCCAGCUGUGACGUUCUUUCAAGAUUUUAUGCAAAAACAAGAAAAGAACAAAUCUUUUAACAUUCCAUGUCAUCUUGAGCCAGUCAUCUGAAAGAGGAUGUACAUGACUGUAUAGAAUAAAUGGGACAUUUCUCCAA